UUUAUUUUGAAAAAAACUGAAGACAGCUUUUGAAAUUCGUGACCAUUGUUCUAAGCUAUUCGUUAAUGUUUCUGCUAACAAGAAUUUUCUUUUUUUCCCGCUUCAAAAAACAAAAAAUUACACUUUUUUAAUUCAAUUAUUAUAGACAUGGCAUCCGAUCAGGAAAUGCUAGCUAGAAUUGCUCAGUUGAGCACUGCUAUAGAACAAAGAAAAGCAUUACUCAACCAUUCUCAACAACCACAACAUUAUAACCCCAGUAUACCCCGUGGUGGCCGCUCGAGAGGCAGAGGUCUCGGAUAUCGUGGCCGAGGUGGCAUGCAUUUGUCUCUUGUCAACGAUAAUCGAUGGUCUAAUCCGAAUAGCCCACUUCGUUCCAACACCCCACCUACUAAUUUAUUCUUAGCAAACUCGCCGAGUUCGAUACCCCAACAUGCAUCUUCGCUUGCUUUGUCAUCUGCAACAGGUUCCACAAGUCAUAAUACCUCUUCCCCGUCGGGUUCAUUGUUGACAACGAGUGCUAGCUCACCAGCCCUCAAUAAGAUACCAACUUCUGCCAUUCCGGUAGUAGCGAAGAAUUCCAGUACUGAUAUAAAAAACGAAUAUGUUAUUAGCGGAAGAAAAUUAUUUCGAAAAGACUUGAUGAACAGAUCACCCAUAGUGAAGCCAUCAAAACUGUAUCAACAUAAUCGUCCAACAGAAAGUGUUAUCAGAAGCUCAUCACCAGCAGCAGCAGCAGCAGCAGCCCAAAAACCGCUUAGACGAGGAUUGAAUGGCGGCCCUAACAAAGUAUUUAUUCGUCAGCCCGAGGGUUAUGUUCGUCAAGGUCGUUCCGGCCGGUCACUCGUACUGAAUGCUCAUAAAAGUGCCUUACGAAGACGAAAACCGCGUUAUUGUGGGUUCUACACUCGAUUCGGUCGAUGUCCGAACGCAGCUCGGUGUCCAUUUGUCCAUGAUCCUAAACGAAAAGCCAUUUGUCCUCGUUUUUUAGCAAAUCGGUGUAAGAAACCUGCCCAUCUCUGUAAAUUGUCCCAUUAUCCCAAUCCCCAUAUCAUGCCCCACUGUGUUUAUCUUCAAAAGGGAUCUUGUACAAAUGAAGGUUGCGCCUUUAUUCAUGUCAAGGUCAACUCAAAAGCGCCUGUAUGCCGAGCCUUUGCUAUGGAGGGUUAUUGUCCGAAAGGACUCCACUGUAACGAAAAGCAUGUGCAUGUCUGCCCCGAAUUUGCCGAAACAGGCAGAUGCUCCAAUGCGAACUGUCGAUUACCUCAUGUUGCAAAACUUGAUCGUAACGAUAGUGCCAGCAAUGUUGCGGGUGUCGUCCGUUUGGGCACAUGGGUAAGUGCAGAUUAUUUUUAUGCUCAAAAAAAGGCGCAGCGUUUACUUGGACCAAUCCUCUUUUGGAAGAAAAAACGAAAAGCCGAGCAGAGAGAAAAGGAAGAAGCAGAAGGGUUUGUACGCUUAUUGGAUGAUAGUGAUGACGACGAUGGAUGGAGUCAGUAUGAGCGAAUCGAUAGUGGCGAUGAAGAUUUGAGAUUCAACGACGAUGAACAAGACACAGAAAUAGACGAUCUAGAAGACGGAGAACUGGACAUCGAUAUGGAGGAAAACGAGGAAAUCGUAACAAAUGAAGAUGCUGAAACUUCCGCUUCUGCAAAAAAUAUAGAUAGUAGCGAGGUUGAAGUUAGACAUAAUAAUUUUGUACAAUCAAGAGGUGGAGAUAGUUUAGAAGAGGGGGAGUUAUUAGAAUAUGAAGGAGAUAAGAUCAUGGUAGGUUCUAUAGAACCUAUGAAUGAUAUAUAUGGGCAAAAUCCUGCAGUUGUGCCCGCAGGGAAUGCUAAUGUUAAUCAACAAGCAAGCGACGAUGAAUUCUUUGACGCACUAAAUGAAUUCGAUGGGUGAGAAGGUGAGAUAAUUGUUCUACAAUUGAUAUUUUGGCAGGAAAAAAUGUGAAUAUUGAGAAAAUGAUCAUGUAUAAAAUGUAGUUUUUUUUUCGCCAUUACUGUUACAUCAUAGAAUGAUUUGUUGAAUAUCAGUUAUAACGAAUAAAAUUGAAUCCUAUGUGAAAUUUGUCUGUGG